AUGGCAAAUCCUGCUCCCCUGGGGCUGAUGGGUUUUGCGAUGACGAUGUUUGUGCUGUCUUUCCACAAUGCAGGACUGAUGAUCCCACAGAGUGCUCCACACUGGAUAGUCACAGGGCUCGACGCCAUUUACGGUGGGCUACUGCAGCGGCUGGCUAGAAUGUGUGAAUUCAGGGCCACUAAUGCUUUCGAGGCUACGGCCUUCUCUUCCUACAUUUGCCUUCUGGCUAUCCUUCACCUUGAUUUUGAUCCUUUCUUCGGUGUUCCCGGUGCUUUCGUCCAAAAUAGGCCCAAAGCUAAGAUAAGCUCUAAGCACAGAAAAAUUCCGUACUCUCGCGUCGCAGCUGCUCUGGCAGCUAUGACGCUCUUAUUGAAAGUCAAGCGUAGGAUUUGGGCUGAAUGGCUACAAACUCGUAUUGAUAGCUGCUGA